AUGCCAAAACUGCGAAUAAAGUUUACUCAACGACCCAACGGCCCACUCCCAACCUCAUCAAAUUCACCUAUUACACGUAAUCAAGGAACGAAAAGGAUUCAGUCCUUAGAAUCAAUCAACGCUGCUCAGCAAUCAAUCUCGGCUGCACAGGCGUCGAAUUCGCCUGAGGAGAUGAAAAGUCUUAUUGAAGCUGCGUCGGCUUCUUUAGCGGCUAUGACCACAGAUAAUAUAACCGCACCCUCGCCAAUACCACCAUCUAACUCCACUGCACCGCUUUCUAAUUCUAUACCCUCAUCCGUAAUGGAAAUACAGCUUUCACUGUUCCCGGCUAUAAGCUUUAACUAUCCUACACGCGAUUUCUCCCUUCCAGAGAGUAUCUUACCAAAAGAUGUCGAAGAAAGUAAACGAAAAGCAAGCAGACGCCCUGCAAGACAACGAAAAGCAUCAGCUAAAGCUCGAGAGGCAGCUGAACCCUAUCUUUUAAAACGAGGUAAUCGUAAUAACCGUGGAGAGUUUUUACACAGACGUGGGAAGGGACGAUCCCGAGGACGCCAUAACGAUGGAUUUGGAAGACGUAUGAUAAGCAGUAGUGGAUCAAAUCAAACGCGCGCAUCGAGUGGACGGUCAGGACGAGGUAGAGGUUUUUCGGUGUCAGCAGGUCAGAAAAGCGGAUUACGAAGAAACCGUCGUAAAAAUGCAGGUCAAAAGAAACAAACCGAUUACAUUCCUCUCCAUCUUCGCAAGGGUACAUCGAAACCGAUUGUGCCUACUCAAGAACAAAUCAAAAAGUUCCCCCUUGUUCAGCAGUCAACCUUGGCUGACUAUGACUACGCACCAAGUGAUAUGAUCGAAACGCCACUCCUACGUGCAGUAUCAAGUUCGAGGCCCGUUGUUCGGCCGGCGAAAUUGAAGAUAAGCGAUAUUAUCAACGGGUUUGUGCAGAGAGUGAGAGAAGAUCAAGAUAUGAAAUUUUGCAGAGAAACGGCUUUGAGUGCAUUGCUGGCUGCUGCGAGUGAAGCGUAUGCGGAAGUUGUUCAUUAG